UUUUUUUUCUUGUCACACUUGUAUAGUACUAUAAACCAAAGUAUAUAUUCCUAUUCUGUAUCAAAUAUUCAAUCAUGACACCUUCAAUCCCACAGACACAAUCUGGAUAUGGUUUCAAAAGAGGCCAGAAGACGAUCCAAAGAUAUGACAAUAGGAAAAUUGUAGGGCCAAAAGGUAAAGAAGUCCUAUUGAAAAUUGAGGCGGCUGGUCUUUGUCUGUCUGAUUUACAUAUCUUACUUGCACAAGAAACAUAUAUUCCAGACUCCUUUAUCAUGGGCCAUGAAAUUGCUGGUCAAAUUGUUGCCGUUGGGGAAGGAUUGGAAGACGAUGAAAUCUUUGAAAUUGGUGGUCGAUUUGCCAUGUUUAUUCCUGAUGCAUGUGGUAUUUGUGACCAAUGCCGUAGUGGUAGAGAUAAUACCUGUAAGGGUAAUCUUGGAGAUGCCUAUGGGUUAUCCCAAGAUGGAGGCUUUCAACAAUACUUAUUGGUAAAGAACUUGCGUGCGUUACUUCCAAUUCCAGACGGCGUAUCUUAUGAGCAAGCGGCCAUUACAUCAGAUGCAGUUUUAACUCCAUUCCAUGCGAUCCAAAGAGCAAGCACACAUUUGAAACCCGGAGCAAAGGUGCUUCAAAUGGGAAUGGGUGGACUUGGAAUCAAUGCUCUUCAAAUCUUGAAAAAUUUUGGAGUUUAUGUGGUUGUAUGUGAUAUUAAGCCAGAAGCGGAAGAAUUGGCAAAGAAAUAUGGAGCUGAUGAAUUUUGGGUAGAUCCUGUAGAUUCGGACCAUUUACCAGAAUCAUUUGAUGUUUGCUUUGAUUUCUGUGGGUUCCAAGAAACAUUUGACCAUUGUCAAAGAUUUGUCAAGACCGCUGGGUUGGUAAUGGUAGUAGGACUUGGUAGAUCUAAGUUGAUGAUGAUGAACUUCCACAUGGGUCGUAGAGAGGUUAAGGUCAUCUUUUCUAUGGGGGGAACUUCACUUGAACAAAUUGAAUGUAUGGAAUGGGUAGCUGCUGGGAAGAUUAAGCCAUUACUGACAUUGGUUGACAUGAAAGACUUACCUAAAUAUAUGGAGAAGUUGAACAAAGGGGAAGUCCUAGGAAGAAUUGUAUUUAAUCCAUCUAAAUUGUGAGCAAAGAUCAAGUGAAAUAUGUCAAGUUAUUCAUAGGUAG